CUGAGUUGAGAGAGUUGAGUAGUGAGAACACUAUGAGUUCCAGAAAUAUGCAGAAAGUGAGUUUCUUAAUGUUGCUUGCCAUGGCUUUGGCAGCAACUAGUUCUCAUGCUCGCUUGGAUCAAUUUAGUCAGUUGCUUGCCUCCGAGAACCAACCUGCAGACCCUAAUUAUAGAGGAGGGAAAAUUCCUUAUACGGUUUGCAGACGUAUGUGUGACAACUGCGUUUGCGAUAGGCGUGCGCCUGAGUAUGCAAUGUGCGUUUGCAUGGACCGGAAACCAGCUGCACCUCUCCACGAAUCUGAAGAAGUAGUGCAGGUGGAGCUGAAUGGAAAAUCAGAUGCCGAGGAGUCCCGGAUGCGUAUGCCAUAUCUUGAAUGCAUGAGUAAAUGUGAUGACUGUGUAGCUUGCACACGUAUGUACCCUCGUGAAAGAAACACUUGCAUUUGCGUUACAAACAGCAGGUCCGAGAAGCCAGCUGCUAUGGUCUAAGAAGUAGCAGCAUUGCGUAUAUAAUUGCAUAAAGAGGUGGACUUGGUCUCCACUUCAGUUGCAAAGUUGGACUUGAUCGAUGAUCCCCUAGAAUAAGCUUUGAGUUGCCUUAAUGAUGUGUGUUAAGGCUUCAGUUUCAAUGUACAGAAUAAGCUUCUUAUGCCUCUAUGCAUAGAAGCAGUCUUAAGUUGUACUCUUGUUGUCAGUUUCGAGAAGCUAAUCAACUUGCAUGUUCUCAGUUCC